AUGCGCCGUCUGCCCAGUCGCACCAUGGCCGGGGUGCUGCCCGCGGUGGAGGUGGACGGCCGCGUCAUUGGCAGCGGACGGCGCGGUCCCGUGACGGCGCGGCUGCAGGCGCUGUACGCGGCCCUGAUGGAGCGGGAGGCGGCCGCGGGGCGCGACGCCGCGCUGGACGAGGACGAGGGCGGCCGCUGA